UGAUACUGUCUGGAUGAAGGGGUGUGGUCUCGAGGGGCGGGGUUUGGAUGCCACCAGCGGAUCCGGCUCAGUGUCUGUGGAGCUCCAGCAGCAGCUGCAGGUUUCUGGAGGACUCUGCCGGAACUGCUGCGCUGACAGGUCCGGUUCCACACCUCCAUGUGGACCCGAACCUCCCUCUGAUUCACCGCAGUUUCGGGGUGCCCCCCGCCCGCCCUUCCCUCCCGCAGGUCAGCGGGUGCCUGUGCGUGAUGCCCUCUGGGUCCUCCGGAGCCUGAUGCCGCAGAGAGCCCCGGCCGCCGCAGAGGAGAUGCCGCUGAGCAGCGCCUGCAGGCGGGAGCGCGCGGACGCGGCGGACGCGGCGGAGCGGCUGCGCUCCGUGCGGGAGCGGCUGGACGCGGUCAUGUUUGGACUCAGCGAGCUGGAGAACCUGCGACAGCGGCAGCAGGUGCUCAUCCGGACCGCGCUGGAGAAGCCCGAGGAUCGGGAGGCUCGUCUGAGUCCGGAGGAGAACAUCCUGGUGCUGAGGAGGCAGCUGAGCCUUUUGAGGAGGAGGGAAGCGGUUCUGAUGGGCCCACUUCAGGAGCUGGACUUGCACAUCAACCAGCUCCGACUGGACGGACAGGUGCCGAGUGACCAGCUGGAGAUGGACAGCCGACCGAGCUCAGGGUUCUACGAGCUCAGUGAUGGAGCUUCCGGGUCGCUCUCCACAUCUUCUCAUUCCGUCUUCAGUGAAUGUUUGUGCUCAAUGACUGACACCGACGGAGCCCCCACAUCCACGGAUGCAUCCCAAGAGGAGCUGGCCGAUUGUGAGGAGUUUGUCCAAGGACUUUCCGACGCCUCGUCUUCUUCGGGCGUGGUUUGUUCCUCGCUCUCAUCGGCUCACCUGCCCCCACCAGAAGCUGAGAUUUCCACCACCUCCCACUCUGACCCGCCGGCCUCAAACAGCAGCCUCGUUUUUCGUUACCCCAGUCCGCUGCGCACCAACGCCGCUCAGAGCCCCGCCUUCCUGCAGGGUGGAGGUCGAGAUGCUGCAGAUGGUCUCAAAGCAGAAACUUACUCCGCUCUUAAGAGCUCCUCUUUGAAGCACCUGGAUGGCUACAUCUACAGCCUGUUGCAGCGGAGGACCCAGCCCAUCAGGUCCAGCAGACCCAGGACUAGCAUCAGCACCGACCCAACAAAAAGUGUCCUUAGACAGCCCAGUCUUUGUGCCAAACAGGUCUCUGGCUUUGAAGUUCUGAAAGGUUCUGAGGAGAAAGUUUGUCGGUCAGCAGAGGGAGUUUCCAGGUCAUCUCCGCCGAAGAGUCAAGGAGAGGAGGUUGUUGAUGAGAUGAAGAAGAGCGACUGCAGAUCUUCUGCAAACCCUCAAAUAUACAACUUUAAAGUGACCAAUAAUCUCAAAACCAGGAGAUCUAAAGGUCACUCAGGUCUUCUCGAUAGCUCUAAAGAAAUGGGGAGUUCUCCGCUUCACUCCUCCCUUGCAGGACAAAGUCGGCCAUGUGGGUCCAACGACCAGGAGCUGCUUCUACAAAUGCCUCCGAGUGUAAAGACAAAGUCUACCAAGUCUCUCAAAAACAGCCAAACAAAGGAGGCCAGAGGGUGUGUACCAGAGCUCUCCUGUAUUGGGGAGUCCACUGCAACCACGAAACCAGGAGGACCAAAGGAAGGAGGAAGGCGUCACAAGGUUACCAGCUCCUCCUCCCAUCACCAAAGUGCCAAACUCUGCAAGGUCGGCAGCAAGAAUGUCAAGGCUGCGAAAGUGAAGACUUCUCUGAUGUUUGAGACCUCUGUGGUCCAGUCAGAGAGGCGGCAUGAGAAGUCACGGCACAGGUCCAGUUCCAGGAGGUUCCAGUACCUGGAAGAUGGAGGCUCCGCCCACACUGAGGUUUACACGAGAGCGACAUUGGCGAGAAACAAAUCUGUUCCAGUAUCGUUGCCAGAAGACCCAGAGGAACUACUGACACCUUUUAGAACACAAGCAGCUGUGUUGAGCCACCGUCACCGCGGCAACCGUCACCGCAGAAGCCGUCACCUCCACGACCAGGUCAUCGUCGCAGGAAAACCCAAACACAGUCGACACAACUAUCGGCGGCUGCAUUCCAUCAGUGAGAACCAAAACUGCACGGCCAAGAGGCGCAGUGGGCAACCGCAGAGGGAAGAGGGGCAAAGCGCCAGAACAUGCCCCGCCUCCAAGGGGCAGCAGAGCAGACCAUACCCCCGUGCCGCAGAGAGCGACUCAGAGUACUCCGCUGAGUGUGUGUCGCUCUUUCACUCCACCAUCGCAGACACCAGCGAGGACGAGAACUCUGACUACACCGCCAACCGCUUCGGAGACAGCGAGUGCAGCGGCGGUGAGGCAGAGGACAGCACCACCGACACAGAGGAGAGUGCGGGGGCGGGAACUUCGACUGGGAGGAGGUUGGGGCAGUUCGGAGCAGCUGGGGUGGGAGGGCAAGCACAGAUGAAGACCCUGGUGAGGGUCAAGGCUUCCUACAAGCUGAAGAAGAAGAUCCUCAGGUUCCGAUCGGGUUCUCUGAAACUGAUGACCACUAUGUGACCACCGCGUGUUGGAUCAGAGGCUUCGGUCACAUGACACAGACCUCCUGAUGGUUCUUAGAACACGUCGGUUCUGAGGAUGAAGUUUGACAUGCUGGGCUCGUCCUCCACACCAGGGGUCCCCAAACUUGUUCUAAUGAGGGCCACAUUACUGUUUUCUUCUCUGAUGGGGGGCCGGGGUCGGUUUGUAGGCUAACAGAAAAAGUGUAACAAUCACAGCCUAAACGUAAACAUUUACGUUUUUCCAGAAAGCCACACAUAGCCGAAUAUGUGGCUAUGUGUGGCUAUUUUUCUUCCGUACACUUUUUGGACGUUAAAAACUCAAUCACACUUUAUGCAAUUUCUGCAAUCUUGGUAUCAAGACGUUCAGUUCAUUAAAGACAUUAUCGCUUGUAUUUUUGAAAUUUGUGCUCUUUAUGGUUUUUGCGAUGUUACCCAAUUUCAACCCCAUUGAAAUGAAUGGCAAUUUUUCAAAUUUCUGCAAAUUCAGCAAUUCCUCACAAGUUUUAAAAUUGAACACAAUUUUACACAAGUUGUGCGAUUUUUUUUUUUCCACAAAAUUCAUACAUUUUUUGCACACUUUGAAACCUACACAAUAUGGGUAUCAAAUCGUUCAACAUGUUAAGGACAUUAAUACUACUUGGGUUUCAUAUGGUUAUUUUUUAAUUUAGCUAAUAUUUUAGCAAUAUGCUAACAUUUUUGGAUAAUUUAGCCUCUAAUAAGGUUUUUUGGGCUAUUUCUCAGUUAAGCUAGUAUUUUAGCAACAUGCUAGU